AUGGUGUCUUCAACCUCCGUAUCCGCCUCGCCGGAUGCAUUGCCAUACACGUCGCCUUCGCUCGUCACCGUGCUGGUGCUCAGCUCGUACCUGCUCCUCCUCUCGGUCUGCUAUCAUGCCUUCCAGCGCCUCUUGUCCGCCGGGAUCCUAGGCCCACUCGUGCUGGGUGCGAUAUACGCGCGGCCGCUCGGCGACAUCCUUCCGCUAGACGUGCAGUCUACAAUCCUUUCGAUCGGAUUCCUCGGUCUCAUACUGCUCAUUGUCCAGGGUGGCAUAGUUGCGAGGAUGGACAUCCUAGCUAGCCCCGUGAAUCUUGGCAUGGCGGUGCUGGUGGGUGCGACCGGUGUGGUUCUGCCCAUCGGGUUCAGCAUGGCAUUGCUACCGGCGGGAUUCGGGUACGGGUUGCUGGAGAGCUUUACGGUGGGCGCUGCUCUGGCAUCGACCAGUCUAGGCACGACUUUUGCCGUGCUCAGCACGUACAAGGACCGCACCAAGGAGGCUCUGCUCGACGACAUCAUCGGGCUGGUCAUCACGAGUGUCGUCUCCACUCUCGGGUCAUCGACUCAGUCGGGAGGUGGGCUGAGCUCCGUCCCGCCGUGGACGAUUGCCCGGCCCGUAGUAUCGUCCUUUCUGUUGCUCAUCAUCUCAUGGCUUCUGUCGAGGUACAUCCUCGCGCCGCUUUCUCGGUCCGUCAUCAUCUCGGCGCUGAUUCGGUACACGGCAGCAGCUCGAACGCCUGCGGAACCCUCGUCGUCGGGUCGAGUGGCUGGAGGACUGCGACGUGCAAUGGCGGGACUGCACGCCAACCUCGGUCUGCAGCAGAUGAUCGCUACGACGCUCCUAGUAAGCACGGUGCUUGCGUACUGCGUGAUCAGCGAGGAGAUCGGCUCGUCUCUGCUUAUCGGCGCGUUCUGUGCAGGCGCAAUGAUGAAGUACCUCUACGCCUUGUGGGCCGAGCGAACUUGGCCUCGCAGCGAGCAGUGCUUGUGGUCUCCGGAGCACCUUUUUACGCACACCGCGCUGGGUGUGGUGCAAGAGACGCUGCUCAUGCCGUUUUUCUUCUCGAGCAUUGGCUCUGCCAUCCCCGUCCGGUCGAUGUUCACCGCCAGCACCGUGUGGCGCGGCAUCAUCUUUGCCGGUCUCAUGGCGUUGGCCAAAGUAGCUGCGGAGCUAGUGGAGCCACCCGUUUGGCCAGCCGCACUGUUCUUGGGAGUCAGCCUCAUGUCGCGCGGCGAGAUCGGCUAUCUGAUCAUCAACAUCGCCAAUCGUUCCGGCCUCGUUGGUCAACAGGCUUUCAAUGUGGCCAUCUGGGCCAUCACACUCAAUACUCUCGCAGGCCCACUGGCAAUCGCAUUCCUCAUGCGCUCCCAAUACGGUCCCCUCCUCCUGGGCCUCACACCAGCUUCGCGUCGAAGUCGAUGGUCCUAA